UCUUCUGUGCAGACGGCGGCGACGUGAGGGAGAUGCUCUUGAUGGCUGCGGACCUGGGGAUCGUGAAUGGCGACUACGUCUUCGUUGUCAUCAACUUUGCUCCGGAUGCCAUGUUGGGAGAGAACACGUGGAUGGGACGGGACGGAAGGGAUGCGGACGCCAAGAAAGUUUUCAACGGACUGUUGAAUGUCCACGUUCACACGCCGUUACUGGAGGACUGGGACAUGCUCGAGCGGGAAGUCCGGUACCGUAUGGCAGGGCCGCCGUUCAACCGUGGGAUGCAACGAUAUGAAAAGGUUGACGUGUACGCCGCCAUGUUGUAUGACGCAGUGAUGCUGUACGCCCUGGCGCUGGAUGACGCGCUGAAGGAAGGGGAGUCUGACACGAACGGCGCCCGGGUUGCGCAACUCAUGACAGACAGGACCUUCGACGGUAUUGCAGGGAGUGUCUCCAUAGAUGAGUACGGAGACAGGAGCCCCAACUACGUCAUUCAAAACCUGAAGGGUGAUCGCUUUGAGGACAUAGCCGAAUUUGCGACGGCAAAUAAGUCGCUAGAUAUGCGGGACGUGGACAUAGUGUGGGCGGGUGGAAAGUCGGCUCCACCGAUCGACAGUCCGGAGUGUGGCUGGGACAACGAUCUCUGCGCCGACGAUUCUUUGAUGACCUUUUUACAAGAGGCAAGAUACAAAGAUCAGAUUGCUUUGGGCGCAGUUGGUUCUGCCGUAGUAUUUAUCGCCCUGGCCACAACAGUCAUAUUCUUCUGGUACAGGAAGUGUAUGCUCGAGCGGAAUUUGACUGACCAGAGUCUUUGGAUAGUCGAUUACGCCGACAUCGUCAUGCCUGAACAUCCCGUUGGUCAUUCCUCUGUAUCUCAGGGCAGUGCACGGGCAAGCAGUCAAGGUUCCCAAGUCACUGGAAGUAAGAAUAUGACUAAGAGCAUUGGUGGCCAAACUCACACGUCUAGUGGCAGCGGCACCACCACUGAGAACAUAUUCCACACCAUCAAAAGUGGAAAAACUAUCAUCGGGAAAUACAAGGGUAACAUUGUGGCCAUGAAGAAGAUAGAAAGGGAGAAGCUGGUGAUCACACGAAAACACCUGACGGAGUUCAAACAGAUGAGGGACCUGCUCCAUGAAAAUGUCAACAUCUUCGUAGGCGCUUGCAUCUACCCACCCAGAAUCUACCUCAUCACUGCCUUCUGCUCCAAGGGAAGUCUACAGGAUCUCCUGGAAAAUGACAGCAUAAAUCUUGACCAAUCCUUCAAGAUGUCCAUUGCUGUCGACAUUGCUAAGGGGAUGGCCUUCCUGCACGGGACGGUCAUCGCUUCCCAUGGCAGACUGAAGUCCUCGAACUGCGUGGUGGACAGUCGCUGGGUGGUCAAGGUGACAGACUACGGCAUGGGCGACUUCAAGUGUGACCAGGAUGACGCGGUUUGGGAGUCAGAACACGCUCGCUACACUGACAUGUUCUGGACUGCCCCAGAGCUGUUACGCUGUGCCGCCAAUGGAAACUACGGUUCGCAGAAAGGCGACGUCUACGGCUUUGGGAUCAUCCUGGCGGAGAUCGCGCUCCGGAGCGGCCCCUACAGCGCACAGUCUGUCCUGGAUCCGAAAGGCAUUAUACAAGCUGUGAAGUUCGGCCAGGAGCCCGUGUACCGUCCCGUCGUGCCGCAGGACAGCUGUCUGCACGAGAUGCACCGCCUGAUGGAGUCCUGCUGGGCGGAGCUGCCCGACCGCCGGCCAAGCUUUCAGUCCAUCAUCUCAUGGCUCAAAAAGAUGAACGGCGGAAAGUUGAUGACUGUGGUGGAUAACAUGUUCUCUAUGAUGGAGAAGUACGCCUCUAACCUGGAGGAGCUGGUCCAGGAGCGAACACAGCAACUGGACGAAGAGAAGAGGAAGACAGACGAGCUGCUCUACCGAAUGAUACCGAUUUUUGUGGCCAACAAACUGAAGGUCGGUGAAACCAUCGCACCCCAGACCUUCGAGUCCGUGACCGUGUACUUCAGCGACAUCGUGGGGUUCACCAAACUGGCAGCUGCAAGCUCGCCGCUUCAGGUUGUCGACUUUCUGAAUGACCUGUACACACUGUUUGACGGCGUCAUCGAGAAGUAUGAUGUUUAUAAGGUUGAGACUAUCGGUGACGCCUACAUGGUGGCCUCUGGGCUGCCUGAGCUGAACGGGAACCGCCACGUCAGCGAGAUCGCCACCAUGGCGCUGGAACUUCUCUCCUGCCUCAAAAACUUCACCAUACGUCAUCUUCCACAGAAACAGCUCCAGCUGCGCUGUGGCUUCCAUACAGCAUCGUCCCCCGUUCGUCUUGAAGAUGAAAGGCUCGGUCAUAUGUAG